AUGUUGGAAUUUUUGAGGCAGCCACUAGUAGUGACAGCAAAUAUCAACCUGAAUGUCGUGGCUCUGAUGGGGCUGGGCCUGCUGAGCAGACUGUGGCAACUCACUUAUCCCCGGGCUGUGGUUUUUGAUGAAGUCUAUUAUGGGCAGUACAUCUCUUUUUACAUGAAACGGAUCUUCUUCCUGGACGGCAGCGGACCCCCAUUUGGCCACAUGCUGCUGGCCUUGGGAGGUUAUUUAGGAGGAUUUGAUGGCAACUUUUUGUGGAACAGAAUUGGAGCAGAAUACAGCAGCAACGUGCCUGUGUGGUCCCUGCGCCUGCUGCCGGCCCUUGCAGGGGCCUUCUCAGUCCCCAUGGUCUACCAGAUAGUGCUAGAACUCCACUUUUCCCACUGCACCGCCAUGGGAGCCGCACUGUUGAUGCUGAUAGAGAAUGCGCUCAUCACUCAGUCAAGGUUCAUACUUUUGGAAUCAUUGCUCAUAUUUUUUAACCUGUUGUCUGUGUUGUCCUACCUGAAGUUCUCCAACCUCCAAAAACACAGCCCUUUUUCUCUAAGCUGGUGGUUUUGGCUGAUGCUGACGGGCAUCGCUUGUUCCUGCACCAUUGGGAUAAAGUACAUGGGUAUUUUCACAUACUUGCUCGUGCUCAGCAUUGCUGCUGUCCACGCGUGGCACCUGAUUGGAGACCAGACCUUAUCGAAUGUAGGUGCUGAAUCAGGCCGCAGCAGCCUGAGCGGGUGGGUCUGUGUGCUCGGUCACCUGCUGGCCAGGGCUGUGGCUUUACUGGUCAUCCCGAUCCUCACGUACCUGCUUUUCUUCUACGUCCACCUGAUCCUCCUCUGCCGCUCGGGGCCCCAUGACCAGAUCAUGUCGAGCGCCUUCCAGGCCAGCUUGGAGGGUGGACUGGCUCGGAUCACACGAGGCCAGCCCCUGGAGGUGGCCUACGGCUCCCAGGUUACUCUCAAGAGUGCUUUUGGCAAGCCUAUGCCCUGCUGGCUCCAUUCCCACAGGAACACCUACCCUACGAUAUACGAGAAUGGCCGGGGCAGCUCCCACCAGCAGCAGGUGACCUGUUACCCCUUCAAAGAUGUUAACAACUGGUGGAUUGUAAAGGAUCCUGGGAGGCACCAGCUGGUGGUGAACAACCCUCCCCGGCCAGUCCGGCAUGGAGACAUGGUGCAGCUGGUCCAUGGCAUGACCACCCGCCUCCUCAACACGCACGAUGUGGCAGCUCCCCUGAGCCCCCACUCCCAGGAGGUCUCCUGCUACAUUGACUACAACAUCUCCAUGCCCGCCCAGAACCUCUGGAGGCUGGAGAUUGUCAACAGAGAAUCUGACACGGAUGUCUGGAAGACCAUAGUGUCUGAGGUCCGCUUUGUGCACGUGAACACUUCAGCCAUCUUAAAGCUGAGUGGGGCCCACCUCCCCGACUGGGGCUUCCGGCAGUUGGAGGUGGUUGGGGAGAAACUGUCCAGGGGCUUCCACGAGAGCAUGGUGUGGAACGUGGAGGAACACCGCUUCGGGAAAAGCCAGGAACAGGAGGAGAGGGAACUGGAGCUGCACUCACCUACUCAGGUUGACGUCAGCAGAAACCUCAGCUUCUUGGCACGCUUCACGGAACUGCAGUGGCGCAUGCUGAUGCUGAGGACGGAUGACUCGGAGCACAAGUACAGCUCUACACCGCUCGAGUGGGUCACCCUAGAUACCAACAUCGCCUACUGGCUGCACCCCACGACCAGUGCGCAGAUCCACCUGCUGGGGAACGUCCUGAUCUGGACAUCAGCCAGCCUCGCCAUGGUCACCUAUGUCCUGCUCUUCUUCUGGUAUCUGCUCAGACGGCAGAGAAACAUCUGUGACCUCCCUGAGGGUUGCUGGCUACGCUGGGUGCUCACCGGGAUGCUGUGCUGUGGGGGCUGGGCGCUGAACUACCUGCCCUUCUUCCUGAUGGAGAAGACACUCUUCCUCUACCACUACCUGCCGGCACUCACCUUCCAGAUCAUCCUGCUCCCCGUGGUUCUGCAGCAUGUCAACGACCACCUGUGCAGGUCCAAGCUACAGAGUCGCGUCUUCAGUGCCCUGGUGGUGGCAUGGUAUUCCUCUGCAUGUCACGUGUUCAACACCCUGCGCCCACUAACAUACGGGGACACCUCUCUCUCCACAAGUGAACUUAAGGCCCUUCGCUGGAAGGACAGCUGGAACAUCUUGAUCCGAAAGCACUAG